CUUUGUUAUAAUUUUUUGGACUUAUAGUAGGUUCUAUAUUCAUGUGAUAACGGCUAAUGUUAUCAUUGUUAUAGUGGUGAUUUUGCGUGUUACUAUUAUGUUUUCACCAUAGGAAGUAAAAUCUUAAGAAUUUCCACCAUUCGGUCAUUCACAUCUGACAUUCUGAUCUCUGAACUACAAAGAAUGAUCCCAGAACUAGUAUUAAAAAUCUUUGUUUUGCGUCUUCAUUGAGGACUGUGAGUUGUCUCAGAAUCGUCUGAAACAGGUAUUGAACUUCUUCAAUAAUAUUAUUACCUAUGUGGCUAUGUGUUCCUAUUAUAUAUAUAUAUGAUAAUGUAUAGUGUGUGUGUAUAUGCUUUUGUGUUAUUGACAAUUAAUAAGUACAUAGGUAGGGUUAUAUAAACAUUGAGUAAAUAGAAAUGUAUGAUGUUGACACCAGUAGAGAGGAAUAAUAAAUAACAGGUUUAUUGUGACCUUAAUUACACAAGGACAUCACGGCCAGUUUCAUGUGAUUUUGCAAUAAGUUCUGGGGGCAGUGUUUCUUUCAUUUUGGUUGUUUGUUUUAUCUAUUUUAAAAAAUUAAAAAGAUGGAUUUUGCGAAGCUGGACGAAGAGGAAUUAUCGUACGAGUUAAAGACUAGAGGGAUAGCACCGAUGAACAAUGUAAAUGAAAUGAGAAAUGUCUUGCGGGGUUUAAUAAAAAUUGAAGUUGAAGGUAAAUCUUUGCUAGCAACUGACAGCAGCGUUUCUAUAGAUGUUAAAAGUGAAGUGAAAACGUGUGUUAAAAAAUUACAAGUUAUCAACACAAUGGUCAAAAAUAUUAAAGGGGACAGGUACAGUGAACAUUAUAGAGCAGUAGAUGCUAAGUUAUGCCAUUUAAUGAAUCGUGUUGAUAAAUUACCGGCUGUUGAACCACAAGAUCGAAAAGACAGGUCAAAUUUAUUAAAAGGAAUAUUGUUCUUAAUGAGGAAAAUGGAAGAAAUGGCAAUCAGUACAACCGUUGUUGAAACAAAUACAAAUACAAAUGAUAAUACAGGUAGAGUGAUUGAUGUUUUAUAAUGACAAAAAUAAGUUGCAUAAGUUGCAUAAGUUGCAUUCUAGACUAAUAUGGUAUCAGGAUUUGGACUGUUAAGUAUUUCCUGUUUAGAUAAUAUAUAUUAUUAUUAACAUACUUAUAUUUCAUUUGUAUCGCUUGGUUAUGUAUCAAAUUUAAUUAUAAAACUAAAUGAAUAUGUCAAAUAUUUAUAUUUUUAUACUAAAUACUUGUAUGUAUAUUAUGCUAUGCUAUAUACUAUAGCCUACAGUUACUAUUCAUUAAAAAGUUGUCUUUAUUUUUAUUUUUAGCUGGAACAGGUACUGUAAUUUUAUAUGAGAAAACUACUAUCACAGAUAUGAACUCAACUUCUGAAAACUCUGGAUCUGUUACUUCUGAUGAAGAAUUUGGCACAGUAAACUGUCAAUUUUAAUUCUUUAUUUUAUUAUGUACUAUUAAGGCUACUACUAAGAUAUUUAUUUAAAUUUUUUAGGAAUAUUUUGUUCAACAAGGAGUAGCUAUAAAAAGUUUAAGUAAAUUACUUAAAGGAUCAAAGAGACAUAAAAAUGACUCAGAGACUCAUUAUACAGGAUUAUUAAAAAUUAUGAAAUAUGUAAGAUUUUGUAAUCUAAGCAAAUUAUAAAGGGGUAAAAUUUUCCUUUUUUCUAGUUCAGAAUAAUCGAUACUUGAUAUUCUUAUAUUUGUCUUUCGCUUAUUUCAUCAUCAUUAUGAAGUUUGAAGGAAAUACAAUGUGAGGUACCAUAGUGUAUUAUGUUUGUAUAUGAUAUACUUUGAUAUGAGAAAAUCUAGAAGAAAUUAACAAUAUGCUUGAAGAAUGGAGAAUAGCACUUGAAGGAAAGGGAUUAAAGAUAAGUAGAAGUAAAAUGAAAUAUUUAGAGAAUGAGUUCGAAGAAACAGGAUAAGACAGCUAACAACAAUAAGCAAAGACGUAAUAGGCAAAGUUGAAAGUUUUACCUGCCAACAAUCUGUUGCACAAAAGAACAGUGGCUUUGACAAGGAUGUCAGGAUUAUUUUAGGUCAAUGCGGCAGAAGAAAGAUGACAACCAAAAGGGUGAUCGAAUGUGAUUAAAAAUGAUAUGAAGACAGCGAAUGAGUGUAUGCGAGGAUUUAUAAUUUAUUUGAGGUGACUUACCCCAAGACCCCAAAUAGUUGGAAUGAAAGCAGAGAAGGAGAAAAAUAAGACAUAUUUCAUCAUUUCUCCACAUGUCCUCAUAUCUCCCCCAAUAACCCCUUGUCAACCUUCUUAUCUUUGAGGUACCUUUUCUAUCUGUCUUCCCAAUUACCCUAAUAUUUCUCCCUUUCUUAAUGUGUUUAUAAAAUUUCCAUCUAUUAUCUUAUUUAUUAUAAAACAUAUUUUAUAGAAAACUGCUAAGUUUAUUGAAUGGAAGCCGACUGAAAUGUCUAUAUUUCCUGAUGCAGAUGAAUGGAAUAUAGUUGAUACAGAUUAUAAACAAAAUGGGAAAAAUAAGAGUAAGUGUAAAUUCAGAUUAUUUUGCAUUUAUUUAGUACUACUUGCUUGACAAUUAAUAGUAAUUAUCAAUGAGUCAAGAUAUUAUUCUUUGUGUAUAAAAAAAAAAUCUUUAUUUUGUAUUGUGUAUAUUAUGGACACAGGAUAUUUCUGAUUUAUUAAAGAAAACUAUAAUUAUUUUAAUAGUUUGUUAUUAUAAUUAUACAUAUGGGUUUUGUUUUAAUUUUACAAUACUGAAUAAAGUGUAAGAAGUUACCUAAGUAUGUAAAUAUGUCUAUCAUCGUGAAUCUAAUAUUUUAAUUUGUAUUCUUAGAUGAUUGUAAUAUUGAUAUUAAAAUUAAUUUGGCAACAAUGAAGAGUUAUAAAAUGAAAAAACACAAGAAACAUCAAAUAUCCAUACUCCAAACCAAUGGUUCUCUAGUUACGUUUUUAUUUGAAAGCUCGCCAAUUAAUGAUUUUGUGACAGCCUUAAAAACACUUCUUCACACAGAAAAGUAAAUAAAUCUAUUAUAAAAAUGUAUGUAACACAUUUUACAAAUAUUAAUAUUAUAAUAGAGAGAUUCGACACCAUAGACCUACUGGAGUGAUAUUAGUGUUAAGUGAAAGACAAGAUUCAGAUCCUCUUUGUCAGUCUAUUAAAGAAUUGAAAAUAUUUCCGGAUCAACCACCCACAAGUACUGUCUGGAGUUUUAUUAGUGGAUUUCAAAAUAAUCCUGUAGAAAAAACUUAUGAAACAUUUGCAAAAAUUAGUGAUGUUCUUUGUGAGUAAAUAUGCAUUAUUACUAUUUAUCGGGAUACUGCAGUAGAUAAUUUACUCCAAUUAAAUAUUUAGUGACUCGUACACCUGACACAAGACCAGACCAAGAAGUGGCUGAGCUUUUAAAUAGAGUAGAAGAUGAUGAUGAAUAUACUAUGGUAGAUCAUCCCCCAUCUGUAUUACCACCAAGACCAGUAGCAAAGCCUAGAGGAAAUCCUUUAAAUCAAGCAACUUUUUAUCAAUCCAUGGAUAACGAGGGUCGAAUUUUAAACCCAGAUAAUAUCAAAAAUAUUAUAUUUUAUGGAGUAAGUUGUUUGAGUAUAGAUUCAGUAUGUAAUAAGUAUUUAUUAUUUAAUGUAUGUUAUAGGGUUGUGAACAUUUAAUAAGAUACGAAGUGUGGAAGUACUUACUUGGAUAUUACCCUUGGAAUUCUACCCGAGAACAAAGGUUAUAUAUUGAUAAACUACAAGCAGCUGAAUAUGAAAGAAUGAAAGUGCAAUGGAUGAAUAUGUCUCCAGAUCAAAUAUCACGAUUUAAUAUGUACAGAGAUCGGAAGAGUCUGAUAGGUAAAUAUUACAUUACUUUUUAGAUUUUGUACUUUUAAUUUUAAGGGGACUGAUGCUCGGGUGUUUUUAGCUCAAAAACACACCUUAUGAGAAAAACUCACGCUUCGCAGUCAUUUAAUUUUGAAAAGAGGAAGACAUCCCACAAACAAUAUUUUCAAUAUUUUUUUUAUUUCAAACUUUGUUAUAACUUUUUUUUACUAUUGUAGACUGUAAAAUAUUGUUUAUCAAUUUAAAAAAAAUUAAGUAUGUUUAUAAUGAGAACUGAGUUAUCCCUAUUUCUGUGCAGUCAUUUUCUUUCAUAAAACUGGCCCUAUCCAUUUUUUCUAAAUGAGUAUUGAGUAGUAGAUUAGUGGAAGUCGUCUUAUCUUUAAGGUGGUCAUGGUAAAAAUAAAUAAACAAUUUUACUAAGUUAAAGAAAAUUUGGAAUAUCACCAUAUGGCGCCUUAAACAUAAUGUAUAAUAGUUAUAUAUUUUGUUUUAUGAUCCUACAGAUAAAGAUGUUUAUAGAACAGAUAGAACUCUUGAUUUUUUUGCUGGAGAUGGAAAUGAAAAUCUUGUUAAACUUCACAAUGUAUUAAUGACUUAUGUAAUGUACAAUUUUGAUCUCGGUUAUGUCCAGGGUAUGAGUGAUCUACUAUCACCAAUAUUAAUGAUAAUGAAGAGCGACGAAGUAGAAUCAUUUUGGUGUUUUGUUGGUUUCAUGAACAGAGUUGUGAGUUAAAUAAACAAAAAUUAUUUAAAAAAGUUAAUUAAGUUAAAUUAUUUUGUUUUAGAACACCAAUUUUGAACUAAAACAAACUGGCAUGAAAAAACAAUUAAAUGAUUUACAUUACUUGCUAACAACUGUAUCACCAGAACUAGAAAAUCAUUUAAAAAAAAUGGAUUCUAGCAACAUGUAUUUUUGCUUCAGAUGGCUUUUAGUUUUGUUUAAACGAGAAUUUGUUCAUUCUGAUAUUAUGCGCUUAUGGGAAGUACUGUGGACAGAUAUUCCAUGUGCAAAUUUCCAUUUGCUAAUAUGUGUAGCAAUAUUGGAUAACGAAAAAGAUACAAUUAUCAAUGAGAACUAUGGAUUAACAGAAAUAUUAAAAGUUAGUGAUGUCAUUUAUUUUAUUGUUUAUUAAAAUGAGUGAUAACAUGAGAAUCCUUUCAUUUACUUUCAGCAUGUUAAUAAUUUAUGUGAACGAAUCGAUUUGGAUAAAGCCUUGACUACUGCAUAUAGUAUUUAUGAACAGCUUAAAGAAGCACAACCAUCAUUACAAGAUUCAGUUAAUGAGUUACUCGGAUUUUCACUAUCUCACUCUGAUACAAUAUUAUCUAGUGACAGUAAUUCUAAAGAAGAUGAUUAUGAAAAGGCCUUGUUAAUGAAUUAUCUUUAAUAUCCUAUCAUAGGGAUAAUAUAGAAUUUAAAAUGACUGUGAUCAAAAUUAAACUUUAUAAUCUCAGUUUUAAACUAUUAAGAGAUUAUAUAAUUACAUUUUCUAAGGCGUUAUUUAAACAAUUUAUUGUUAUUUAAUUUAUGUUAUAUAUAUUGUUAUAUUUACUUUUUUUUUUUGGUCAUUCAGUAUAUUAAUGUAAGAUUUAAACUUUUAAUUGUAUACUAUAUAAUAAAUCCUUCAGGAAUGUUUUAAUUAAAUUUCCUUAAUCAUGUUUUAAAAAUUAUUGAAAAAAUAUUAUCAUUCUUUAUUGAUAGUUAGGCAAAAUAAUUGAAAUAUUUUGUUUUUAAACUUAUUAUAGUAUUGUAUUUUUAAGUUUAUUAAAGUUAAUGUGUUUUCACUGUUGUUAAAAUUAAUUACACUUUUACUUGGUCUAGAUAUGUAUAAUCAUUUAAUACUGUGUUUAUAUUUGAUAUUUUUUUUUUAAAUUUAUCAAACUAUUUUGGAAUAUGUUAUAUACUAGACAAUGAAAUAUACUCUAAAUAUAAAAUAUGUAUGUCCAGUUUUAUAUUAUAAAGACCUAGAGAGACUAUAUUUACUUGCACAUUACCCACGUUGCAUUGUAUUAUAUUAAAACAACUUGUUAGUUGAUGAUUGCAACAUAAUAUUACAUAUUAUUAAAACCAUUCCAU